UUAUAAGCCUUGGGAAGGCACGGCUUGUGUCUCCGGGCUCCAGCCUCCCUGCUCCCUCUCCUCUGGGUCCUUGCAGAGAGCCAUGAAGAAGCUCACGGCACAGGUGCCAGUGCUAGCGGCGGCGGCAGCUCAUAUCCUGCUGCUGACGCUGCCGGCGGCGCAAUGCUACUGGCUCAACCCGGAGAUCUACGACGCCGGCGGGCUGAGCCGCCGCGCGUUCCCGGAGGGGUUCGUCUUCGGGACGGCCGCGUCGGCGUACCAGGUCGAGGGGAUGGCCAAGCAGGGAGGCCGGGGGCCCAGCAUCUGGGACGCCUUCAUCGAGGUGCCAGGGACGAUCCCUAACAAUGCCACGGCAGAUGUGACGGUCGACGAGUAUCAUCGGUACAAGGAAGAUGUGAACAUAAUGAAGAACAUGGGCUUUGAUGCGUACCGGUUUUCGAUCUCUUGGUCUAGGAUUUUCCCAAGUAAGUAUGGAACUGGUAAGGUGAACCGGGAAGGAGUGGAUUACUACAACAGGCUCAUAGAUUACAUGAUUCAGCAAGGAAUCACCCCAUAUGCAAACCUCUACCACUAUGAUCUCCCAUUGGCACUCCAUGAGCAGUACCUCGGCUGGCUUAGCCCAAAGAUUGUGGAGGCGUUUGCAGACUACGCCGAAUUCUGCUUCCAGACAUUCGGAGACAGGGUGAAGAACUGGUUUACCUUCAACGAGCCGAGGUGCGUCGCUGCCCUGGGCUAUGACAAUGGCUUACACGCACCAGGAAGGUGUUCUGAGUGCGCUGCCGGAGGCAACUCCACGACAGAGCCGUACCUAGUUGCACACCACCUCAUCCUUUCUCAUGCAGCUGCAGUCAAGCGAUAUCGUGAUAAGUAUCAGCUAUACCAAAAGGGGAGGAUUGGAAUUCUCUUGGAUUUUGUGUGGUACGAACCUUUCAGCAACAGCAAUGCGGAUCGAGCUGCAGCACAGCGAGCCAGGGACUUCCACCUUGGCUGGUUCCUUGACCCCAUUAUAAAUGGACAGUACCCGUACUCGAUGCAAGAAAUUGUCAAGGAUAGGCUGCCAUCAUUCAGCGAUGAAGAGUCCAGGAUGGUGAAAGGCUCCAUAGACUACGUUGGCAUCAACCACUACACUUCUUACUACAUGAAGGACCCUGGGACAUGGAACCUGAUGCCAGUCAGCUACCAGGAUGAUUGGCAUGUUGGUUUUGUCUAUGAAAGAAACGGUGUUCCUAUUGGCACUCAUGCAAACUCCUACUGGCUGUACAUUGUACCGUGGGGAAUCAACAAAGCUGUCAACUAUGUUAAGGAAACCUAUAAAAAUCCUAUAAUGAUCCUUGCUGAAAAUGGAAUGGACCAACCAGGUAACGGCAGUAUUACCCAGGGUGUGCAUGACACGAUAAGAAUACGUUAUUACAGAAACUACAUAAAGGAGCUCAAGAAGGCAAUAGAUGAGGGUGCCAGAGUCAUUGGGUACUUUGCGUGGUCACUGCUUGACAACUUCGAGUGGAGGCUUGGGUACACUUCCCGGUUCGGCCUGGUUUACGUGGACUACAAGACACUGAAAAGGUACCCCAAGGAUUCAGCUUUCUGGUUCAAGCACAUGCUCUCCAAGAAGAGGGGCUAGGAUGGCAGACAAGAGGGCCAAUGGAUUCAGGUGUCACACAACAAUUCACUCUGCACAUCUAACCCUUAGAUGUCAGAUUGAGCUUUAAGAAACCGUGAAAAUAACUGUGUUUCAAGCUCGACACCUCUAGCUUUGUUAAUUGUAGCAAUACUAAGGUAAUAAAGUGGUAUCUUCAAACA